UCAGUGUAGCUCAGACUUUGGUCGUGGACACUACGCCCCUCUGCCGCGGCCGCUCACUCACUCGCGAUAGUCAGGCGGCCGCUCUGUUCCUCUGUACUUCGGUGUGCUUGUGAAGUCCCUUGACUGUCCUGUGCUUUGUGUGUGUGUUGUACGUGGAAAAUAAACAGCGAUGGGCGCCUGAACUUUGAAAAAGAAGAUAGAAAAGGAAAGCUAUCGAAAGUGGUGUGAUCUGUUAUAUAUUUUUUUGUAUUACUUUUUAUUACAUCGGAUACCUACUUCUCUCUGGUUUAAAAUCACCGGAUAUGGAGACAUUCCUCAAAGGCUGCUUAGCUUCUGCGUCCUAUCUCAUCUCCGGUUCGCCCUUCGACGCCACAGAUACAGACCUUGAAGACCGCGAGAGCGUGGUGUCCGCAACCGUCAACAACAACUACGACCGGCAGUGGAAGGCGCACUCCCCGGCGCCCUUCCACGGAGACCCCUCGAAGUUCAUGGCUCCGGGAAACGCCACCAGCACAGCGCCCCUCCUGUGCCAGUCCAUCGAGGGCCCGCACAGGAACCGGCAGCAGUCCUUCACGCCCGGGCAGCACAUCAGCAAGCAGACCGUCGGUGGAGGGUGGGUGCGUCCCCUGGGCUAUGCCGAGAAGUUCAUGACAGCCGCGCAUGGAUACGGGUGCAUGACGACGGUGUACUCUCUCUGGUUGGACUCCCGGACGCCCCUGAGUCUUGAUAUCAUCAAAUAUGCGUCGACUAUUAUGUACAGGAAGAUGCCCAACCUGCGGAUGGAGUUGGCCGAGCGCGACGGGCGGCUCUGGUGGAAGGAAAUGACGCGGGAGAUCGUGAACGUGGAGGAGCUGGACACUCAGGACGUGGAGGCAGCCGUGGAGACCUUACUCAAGCGCCGCUACAACGUGAAGGAGGGCCCCCUGUGGUUCACGCGGUUCAUCAAGCUCACCCCUCAGGAGCAGGGCGUGAGAGAUGACAACCACAACCUGAAGUAUAAGUAUGCGUGUCUCUUCGGCUUCCACCACAACGUGAGCGACGGGACGACCAACAUGAAGUUCUGCAAGGUGUUCCUGAAGGUGCUGAACGACCUGGUGCAAGGGAAGGAGAUCGACAUGUGUCAAGAGGGCACUUUCGCCCCCCCGUUGCAAGACCGACUGGCUGAUCGCAUCGGCGCCUACUUCUUGUUCGUCUACAUGUUCCUGCGUCGGCUGUACACGUGCAUCCUCACCUUCGGCAUCCCGGUGCGAAACUUCACGAGCCGCUUCCCCAUGCCUUCGCGCAACGAGGCGGCCACGCGCAUGAUCCACCACGAGCUCGACGAGGACACGACCCGCAAGCUGCUCCGGCGCUGCAAGAUGGAGGGCGUGACGCUCAACUCCGCGUUCACCGCCGCCGCCAACCUCACCAUGUACAAGAUGAUGACGCAAGACGGCCGGUUGAAAACCACCGACCUGUGGUCGUCGCAGGCGGUUAAUAUGCGGAGAUACUGGCCGAAGGAGCAGCAGAGCAACAGCUUCGGGUGCCACAUCUCCCUGCUGGACGUGAGCUUCCCGACGGGCCCCGGCGACGAGAAGGCCUUCUGGAAGUACGCGAGGCAAGUCCACGCCAGGCUGAAAUACCACCUGACCGAAUCGAAGCGGGCGCUGACGCUGCAGCCGAUGAGCGAGCGCCUCAUCAUCCUGAUCCGCCACAACGCGUGGCUGGCGUGGCUACGGCUGCCCUCCGCCAACGACGGCCACUACACGGUCACCAACAUGGGCGACCUGACUCAGACCUUCCCGGGCACGGGCGAGGAGGUCGAAGUGUCCCUUGUCCUGCGCUCUGUAUCGUGCCAUUUCAUGCCCACUCUGUGCCAGCACACGCUGCAGACUUUCCGUGGGCGCUUCUGCUACUCUCUGGAUUACUACACGCAGAAAAUCACGAAAGAAAACGCCACCACUUACGCUCAUGGGAUUAUGGACUUCCUUCGCUACGCCAUCCACGCGCCGAACUGAGCUGCGUCCUCGAGGAACCAGGUGCUUGGGGCGGAAAAGUGCCUCUCGAAUCGAAAGAUUCCCGCGACAGGUUCUGACUGUCACUGACUGAACUGAUCUCCACAGUGGAUCUGUGGACGACUUGUUUUUCUUAUUUGUGCUAUCGAUAAGUGAGAGUGAAGUAUAAAGUGCCCAAUCUUUAUAUUAUCACUGUCGUGUUGUUUAAGUAAAAAAAAAACAUAUCUGGAGAAUUAUAAGUGCAUACAACUUCCAGGUUCUCGCCAGUGCAUAUGAUGAUGACGAACCUCCCAUGGAUGUAUACAAUGAGGGAGGUGCUUAUAGUGUGCGACUCGAGUAAUGGUAUGCAUUGUGGCUUUACAUAGUGCAAUAUGAAAAUUCUCCAGUGAACAAUUCCUCAGGAGUUAUGACUUGUUGUUUAUAUAUGUUUAUGUGUCUGUAGCAGGUGUAAAGAGUGAAAGCGUUGGCAUUUGCCUUUUUAUUAUUAUUAAUUCAUAGUGUUUACCGAUACCAAAAAUAAAAAUGCCAGCAAAAAAUAUUGUUAAUGUACUGAAUGCCGAUACCAUGUCAGUUGUCUUGUAUAACAUAAAUAUAUCUUUCCUUUUUCAGAAA